GCACGCUCACCUGAUGCUUCGGAGAGUGUCCCACACACAGAGAGGAAGAGGGGGACCUUCGUGUGUAGUGUACGGUACGAGUAAAAGUCACAGUGGAAGUAAAGCUCAGCCAAGCUCUCUCAACUCACCGAGAACCCGAUCAGGCUCCGCCGUCUGUGCGUUAAGGCGCACAGCCCAAACUCAGAACUUUACGCGCUCCCUGGAGGACCGUACCCCCCUCUUCCUCUUUCCUCCGGCUCUCCCCGCUUGACUGUGCCUUGAGGCUUUCCGUAGGCCACUUCUGACUCUUACGCCCGGUUCUGCUGAGUUGUGGCCGGUUCCACCCAGAGCUUCGGGUCACCCAUGAGGCUGGAGGCUGCAGCCAGGAUGGAUCUGUUCAGGAAGCUGUGGAGGGCGCGGAAGCUGAUCCUUGUGGUGUUCAUCCCGCUGUCCCUGCUUCCCUUACCGCUCAUCCACCCUACCAGUGAGGCGUGUUGUGCUUACGUGUUGAUGGUGACGGCCGUCUACUGGGUGUCUGAAGCUGUUCCCUUGGGUGCUGCUGCUCUGGUCCCAGCCUUCCUCUACCCACUCUUUGGCGUACUCAAGUCCAGUGAGGUAGCAGCAGAGUACUGCAAAGACACCACUCUGCUGCUGAUGGGAGUCAUCUGCCUGGCGGCCUCCAUAGAGAAGUGGAACCUUCAUAAACGGAUUGCUUUGAGGAUGGUGAUGAUUGCAGGGGCCAAGCCCGGCAUGUUGGUACUGGGCUUCAUGUGCUGCACCGUAUUUCUCUCCAUGUGGCUCAGCAACACAUCCACCACAGCCAUGGUGAUGCCCAUAGCCGAGGCUGUCCUGCAGCAGCUGAUCUGCACUGGUCUGGCUGACAGUCAUGACGACUCUGAAACGGCAGAGGUGCCUGAGGAGGACAGUGCUGUGUCAGACAAAGAAGAGAACCUGGACAAGAACCAGCUAGAGCUGCUCUACCGCAACAGCUGCAAUGACUACAAUAAGCAGGAGCUCUCCACACUAAGUGACACAAAAACCGCUGAGGUCAACGGUUCGGGUCUAAAGCCCAUCUCAAACCAGGAAUUCAUAAAAAACACCAACGGCCACCUGCCACAGGUUGAGAUUGAAAUCCCAAAUGUAAAGCGGGUGAAGAUGAGAAGAGACUCCCAGUAUCCCACCAAAAGGGAUCACAUGAUCUGUAAAUGCCUGUCGCUAAGCAUCACAUAUGCAGCGACCAUCGGAGGACUCAUCACCAUCACAGGCACAUCAACCAACCUCAUCUUUGCUGAACAGUUUAACACCCGUUAUCCAGACGCAAAGGUCAUCAACUUUGGCACAUGGUUCAUCUUCAGCUUCCCCAUCGCCAUCAUCAUGCUGGUUCUCACCUGGCUGUGGCUGCACUUCCUUUUCCUCGGCUGCAACUUCAGAGAAACGUGCUCACUCAGUAAGAAACGCAAAACCAGGAGAGAGAUGCUGUCAGAGAGGAGGAUCCAUGAGGAGUAUGCAAAGCUGGGACCCAUCAGCUACCCAGAGGUGGUGACAGGUGUUUUCUUCAUCCUGAUGACACUGCUGUGGUUCACCAGAGAGCCUGGCUUUGUGCCCGGCUGGACGUCGCUCUUUGAAAAGAAAGGCUACAGGACUGAUGCAACGGUGUCUGUUCUUCUGGGCUUCCUCCUCUUCCUCAUCCCUGCCAGGCGGCCCUUCUCUUCCUCCUCUUGCUGUAAAAACUCAGAUGAUGAUUCAGAGUCAGACCCACUGGCUCCCAUGAUCACCUGGAAGGACUUCCAGAGACUCAUGCCGUGGGAGAUUGUCAUCCUGGUUGGUGGAGGCUACGCACUGGCAGCGGGCUGCAAGGUGUCCGGCCUGUCGGUGUGGAUUGGCAGACAGCUGGAGCCCAUGAGUGGCCUUCCUCCCUGGGCGGUCACCCUGCUAGCCUGCCUGCUAGUGUCUGCGGUCACCGAGUUCGCCUCCAACCCAGCAACUCUCACCGUCUUCCUGCCCAUCCUGUCUGCGCUGUCGGAGACUCUGCACAUCAACCCCCUCCACACUUUGAUCCCUUCCACCAUGUGCGUGUCAUUUGGGGUCAUGCUUCCAGUGGGGAACCCCCCCAACGCCAUCGUCUUCAGUUACGGCCACGUGCAGAUCAGGGACAUGGUCAAAGCAGGUUUUGGGGUGAAUCUGAUUGGCGUGGCGGUGGUAAUGUUGGCCAUCACCACCUGGGGGGUUCCACUCUUCAAUCUGACUGAGUUCCCAGCCUGGGCACUGGCCAGGAAUGUCACUGGGAGCUUAUAACCAACAGUGGGCAGGUGCCGGCGGUACAAAGCGGGGAUGAACUCAAAAACAGAUGAGGAAGAGACUGGGCAAGUGUUGAGAUUGCUCAGAAUUAUACUGAUUAAACAGGCCUUAAAAGAAGAACAUGGAUGUGGUGAGAAGGAGAAGAAGUGGAGAAAGAACCCUCACCAGCUGCUUAGAUAUACUAUUAUAUACUGGCCAUACUGGUGUGUUACAAGGAAUGUUAAACACCUUUGGCCACUGGGGGACAUUAAACUCCAACUGAAACCUUUAAAAAUCAAGAACUGAUUUAGUUUUUUUGAUUUAUAGUAGAAGAAAAAAAAUGAUAAGUUACAGUUUUACAGUAAACCUGAAAUACAUUUUCAGAUCUAAAACAUCCUUUAAUUUCCCUGUUUUUAGAUAGAAAUAAGCUACAUAUGGCCACUGUAGACAAGUCUCUUUUUAUUGCAUGUUUGCUGAACUUAAACAUUUGCAAUUAAAUAUACUUUUUUACAACUAAAUCAAACACAUUUCAGCAUUUCUGGAAAAAGUCAGUCUUGUCUUUCAUGUAAGAGGGAAGAUGUGGCUGCUGGAUUAAAGCGAGAUGAAUGCAUGAAAAGAGAAUCUACCGUGGCUGCCAGUGUACUGUAUACGUAGAGCUACUGUACUUUUUACGUUGAACACCGUGGGCCUUCCUUAAACAUUUCAUGCACAUUCUUACCAAAGUUUCUGAAGCUGCUUUUGUGUCCUAAAAUGCUGUGAACGUUACAAUUCUUGUUGCUACAUGUUACUCGAACACUGCAGUGCCUUUUACAGUGCCUUGCGUUAAUGAAUUUACACGCUACAAUUUUAACAUGACCUACUCUCAAACUUCUUACCCCAACAGUGUUCAUGUCUUCCUGUGAUGUCAAAGCACACUCCACCCUCAUCCUCACCCUGGUUGCGGUAGUUUUAGUCAGUUUUACUUAGGAAGAUUCAUAAAAUGAAUGAUGUGCACCUGGCAGCCAUAACAAGAGCUGCUCAAAUGGUAAAUACUAAAUAAGGGGGCUUCCUUUAGCAUAUCCAGAGAUGCCCUGGUGGUGACGAGUCGACAACCCCCUGGGACCCACCGCUAGAAAAAUAUUCCCUGACUCCACCAGCCAUCUGGCAAAUAAAAGUUUGACUCCUACUGUAACAUAGACAUGAUACGUGAGUUUCUGAAAUGUCUUACAUCAUCAGUGUGACCCUCAACCCCCCCCUCAAAAAAAAAAAAAAUUGUAAAGAAAUUGCACAGUACAUUUUUAAGCAAAAAAAUAAGAAAAAAUCUGAUGUAGCAAAUAUGACACAAUUUAAAUCUCAGAUAUUCAAAUGAUUAUUUUAUGAAUUAACAAUAAUUGUCAGAAGGUUCAAUAAACUCCAUUUUCAAAAAAUCAGGUUAAUGUGGCCUUUAAAGUGUGUCAGUUGUAAUGUUACCUCAGAAGACCAGCUGGAAGCACAGGAAGUUCUUUUACUUCCAUGAAGGCCAAGGAAAAAUUAUCAGAAAGGCAUAAAAGUUGUUUUUUCUUUACUACUUGACUGCAACCAGCCUUUUUACCUUUCUCCUUCAAUCAUAAAAAAUAAUGAUGCUUAGAAAAGAAGAUGUACUGUAUUUACGCUACAGACUUGAGCUGCCUUCAGUUACUUUCUGCUCGACCUAUGCCAGAACGUUCUUUUCCUCAUCGCAGAAGCUUGUACACCGACUCUGGUCAUUACCCAGUGAACUCAGCAGGGUGUUUUGGAUCCUACGAACAAACCCUUUGUCUGUGCGCUGAUUUACUUUUAUGUCACAUGUUGAAAUGAUCUGGAAAUUUUUAAAGGUAGAUCAAGUCGAACAAGAUAUUUUACCUACUUAUUGAAGUAUGAGCUUUAACUGUGGCGCUCACGUUAGUCAAACACUAACAAAGGAUCUUUAUGAAAUACAGAAAGCUUUUUUAGUAACUGCAGAAAAAUCGGUUUCACAAAAUCUUUCACGUGUCACACCAUAGCGUGACCGUUCUUUUUGUUCUUUUUCAUUGUCUCCUGGGAGGAGCAACAUUUCUCAUGGCAUGUAAAGAAAAAAAAUGAAAUGCCACUGUGGGAGGCUGCAGAUUCCCUCUGGGUACUGAAGUGUUCUUUAAUGCAGCACGCAAAGAAAGCGUUUAAGGAAAAGACUGUGCAAGCAAGGGGUGGAAGGGUGCAGUAGUUUGUUCAAUCAACUGUCAAAUCACAAAAAAGGUUUGCACAAAACACUCGCUGUACUGUGCAGAAAUGUAAAAUAUAUGCCUUUAUAUAUUUGUACACAGAUUUUAAGUGUCAUUAGUCACUUUUUUUUUAUAUCGCGGCAUUGUAAGUACCGUAUGGGCCUUUAGCGUAGCCUCAAUCAGAAGCAUGUCUUUUUCUUGUGUAAUUUAUUCACUUCUCCUGAAGGUUUCAUACAUCUCAGUUGUGUUACAGCAGUGACCUUUGACCCAGGGGCCACGCUCUUCUGUAAAUACUUUAAAGACUUGUAAUAUAAGCAUACUAUGUCUUUGCCUGUUUCAAAUGAGCUGUAACAUUCUUAAAUUUUGGUUGACCCUGAUAGUGCGUUCAUAUCCAGCCACAACACAACCUAGGAGUCAGGAUGAUCCAAUAUUACUUCAUGUGCAACAAUAAAACCACUAAAACCA